AUGUUCGUAUCACCGUCACCGAUCGUCGGUCAUAAAAAAGAGAGAUUCUCCCUCAAUUCCGGGAACCGAGAAAGAUACGAGGAGGACGCCUCCCCGGGAAUCGAUUGCCAACAGCUUUUUCAUCAUUGCUUUUCUUAUGAUUUUUCAGAAAGCUGGCCGCUGAUAAUAAAAAGCGUGAACGUCCCGCCAAUCGUAAAAAACGGCACUGAUUACGUGAUUCUGGACUGCGACUACGAUCUCGAAAACACACCGACCAAGGGAUUAGUCGUGAAAUGGUUCUACAACACCAACGAAGUGGCUUAUCAAUGGAUACACGGCAGGCAGCCGUUAGCUGGGGAUACCGCGCGAAAGUACAUCGACCUGAAGUACAAAGCUAGCAAUGAUCCGUACACCGAGUACCGAGCCAUGAAAUUGAAUAAGCCUGAUAUCGAUCUUACCGGCGAGUAUACCUGUGUCAUAUCCACCUUCGCGGACGAGAGGUCUGCGAGUGCCUCUAUGGUUGUGUUUUCGACGGAGAAGAAGUUUGAUCUUGUUCAGCACAAGAAGAUUAUCGACGGCAAAAACGGAGUGAAGAUAACGUGCAACGCAGAAGGACUAUAUCCGGAGCCGACACUGGAUUUAUCCAUCGAAGGUCGUCCACUGAAGCAACCAGUGAAGGUCAAUACUGCACAAGCUUUCGGGAGCGAAUACUCUAUUUCAUUAGAAAUGGAGUUGCUGGACGAACAGUUACCAGGAGCGGCAAUUAUUAAAUGCUUGCUCGGAAUACCGGCGGCAAACUAUAGCGUUUUUAACGAAAUUGUCUAUUAUCCAGGAACGAAUUGUACUACAACCUCACGUCCGCAGUCACCAGGCUUAACGGAGAUGGAAGUGCUAAACAGCAACUUCGCUGGCCAAUUGUCAAUUAACAUCUUCCUAAUCGUCAUGCAUCUGGCACUCGUCAGUAUGUUCAUGUAACUUUGUUUUUAGAUUGCCGCCUAAAGGAAGCCCCAAACCAAUGGUAGAUGCUUGUCAAAAUGACCAGCUAUUUCGACCCUUCGUCUUGCUAAAAGCCUAAGAUACUUAUUGAAGAACAUCAUAUGUCCAGAUUAAACGUUGUUUUUUUAUAAGCUCAAGAAUCGAGCUUUGUCGAAGCUCGGCUAGCGUUCAUGUUCACCAUUUGCACCAGAGAACCCCGUUUCCAAACUUCUCUGUAUACAUACCUAUACACAGACGCAUAUACAGGUAUACAUAUUGUACGAACUGUUUAGAAUAUCAUUUGUAUCCGUGAUGAAAUUUUAGUUGAUCUGCGGCUAGCGUGAGCGAGAUUUAACGCCAAAAAUUUUGGUAGUUUGUUGAACGGAUUAUGAGAAAUUAUAAAAAAAGAUGAUAAAAAGAAUAGAGGGAAAGCUAAGAUUUGAUCGUGAUAUUUGAAGUCGUAUUGUAGAUUAAAGUUGUGUAACUGAUUGCUCACGAGCAACAGCUUUCCCCUCUAAUUAUCCUCAUUAUGAAGCUCGGGUUGACUCACUCGAGUCGUAAUGGGAAUAAUUCUGUAUCCGAUACAUCAGUGGUUCUCUGCCUUUUCAUAAACGAGUAUCAGUUUCAUGCAAAACAGUUUCUGUAUACUUCAUUUAUUUUACUUAACCUCAUAUAUGGUGUCGUUUACAGUUCAAACGUGACAAAUUCAUAUUUUCAUCACAAUUUAAAAUUAAACAUUAAGCGUAAUAUGAACAAUUAAGGUUCGAUAAAUAUACUUAACGUUUUAAGUUUCUUUAUUUCUUUCAACAUUUUAAUAAUAAUUAGUGAACGUAACUAAAAUUGUAGGUGAAAGGGUUAGUUUUGGCCGUUUGUUCUGGUUCCAUCUCAAGUUUUCUUCCAUAUUUGCUUCUCUCCGUCUUCUGCAGUUACUCAGAUAAAAGACGAUCGCUAGAGCUACGGUAGAGACGUAUUCCCACUACGGUCUGAGCAAGUCAGCCUUAGUCUCACUGUGGGAGCAACUCUAGAGUAGAAUUGUUACUCGAGAGCAAUCAGUUAUGCCAGGCAUGACCAAGUGCCCCCAACCCCCUUCUUUCAUCCAUCAGACAAUUACACGGUUCCCACUACCUGAUAGUCUGCCUCCCUACCAUCAGUUAACUCGUAUUCCUACAAAUUAAUUUGCGAGUUGCUACUGUAUGCGUUCGAAAUACGUAAAGUCUCGAUAUGAGCAAAUCUUUCGGGUACUUUUACAUGUAAAGUCUCGAUAUAAAAUAAUUUUUCCCGUUUAUUGCACACAUUAUUUUCGCUUAUAUCGAGACUGUGGAGAGACAGAGUCUGGAAACAAUAGAAUUCUUUUCAGAACCGAAAAAAACGCAAAGGUAAAAAAGAAAUACUUCGUUCACGAUUCGUGUUACGCUUUUGAGUUGCAUGAGGUUAAUAGGACUAUUUACAGCUGAAAAGAUUGCCUGUGGAAUUAUACACAUGCAAUAGAGAAUAUUAUAUUUACUGUAGAUACUGAUGCUUGAUUCUUUCGAAGUACAUGAGUUUAUUCGUAGAUCGUUUUGGUAAAAGAUGAAAAUAUGUGAAUUAUAUUGUGUUGGAAAUAAGUGAAUUUUACGACAGUAUAACUAAUAGGACUUGUGUCUUUUUUCACACGUAAUCUUUCCAGCUCUGAAUGUGAAUUCUUCAAGAUGUAACAAGUGAAUUAAGGUAACUAUACCUAAUAUGGAAUAUCUCAUUUAACAAUUUGCAAAAAUCUUGUUAACUGAUCUAAUGAUAAAACAUUACAAAAUUAAUAAUUAUCUGUAUGUUAAAUGUUAGUUAUGCAAAAUUGUGCUCAAUUUGAUUUGAGUGCAGUUAUGGAAAGAAAUAUAAAAAUAAUGAAAAGUGAUUAAUUGGAAAAAUGGUAUCAAAUAUGGAACACAUAGAAAAUUUGUUAAAUAAAUGAGAAAACUUUGAUGUUUGCUUAAAUACACAAGACAAGUGACCAAAUGUCUUCCAUUUUUUAAAUUGCAUCUUACAUACUUUUGUUCAUCUUCUACGUGUUGAGCACACUGUUAAAAUAUGAAUACACUAGUCCCAUUUUCAUCCAUUUUUAUAACUAUAAUACAUUUAAAAUAGUCAAGAACAAUUUAUAUCGUGUAAUAUUAAUAGGAAGCAUGUCUGAUAUUUUGUACUAGAAAUUACCAAUUUUUUAAAUUUCCAAAUCUCUAAAUUUCUAAAAUCUCAAAUUACCAAAUUUGCAAAUUCCAAAACA